AUGCCUGUCUACACCUAUCCAGAGCUUCCGUCUGCGGGCACCACUACUCGCAUGAUUCGUCUUUCGCCUCAAAAGGGAAAGAAGACCCAUAUCAAUUGCGAACUGUUUCCCUAUGAUCUAUCAGAUAUGGCUGGUCGAAGACACCGGUAUGAGGCGCUUUCGUACGUAUGGGGUAGUGGCGUGAAAUCCCACUCCAUUCGUUUGAAUGGCUGCGAAUUCCCGGUGACAGAGAACCUCCACGCUGCUCUCUCUCAGCUUCGCGAUGGCAACUUUGAGAGAAUCCUAUGGGUCGAUGCGAUCUGCAUCAACCAGGAGGACAAUGAGGAGAAAGUCCAACAGAUCCAGAUCAUGCGCACCAUCUAUGGGCAAGCCAACUGUGUCAUCGUCUGGCUCGGCGAGGGUGUUAACGAUGGCGACAAGGCGCUUGAGAGCAUUCGCCAACUGGCAGGCGUUAAUGAGCUAGAGGAACGUCCAGGUAAUGCAGAGGCCCUGGAAACAAGCCAUGAUUCUUAUUGGGCAUUGCUACAGCGGGAUUGGUUUCGCCGGAUCUGGGUGCUUCAGGAAGUCGGGCUCGCAAGAUGUGUAUGCAUCGUGUGUGGUUCCGUCGAAGUGAACGGAUAUGCCUUCUGUGAAGGCCUCGGCCGAUUACGGCUUCCUGUUUCUGCGUGGGAGCGGAUCCGUCCUGUCAUCCAUCUUAUCAGAGGAUCCAUUUUUCGGCCACAGUAUCAGCUGCAUUCCCGCGGAGCCUACUCAAUCGGUCAACUGAUGGACAUGUAUCGAUUCCACGAUGCCACCGUACCGCAUGACAAGCUCUAUGCGUUGCUGGGUCUGUGUUCCGAUGACCCCAAUGCACCUAGUUUGAAGCCCAACUAUCACCUUCCGUGGCAUGAGGUCUUUGCGCAGGUCAUUACCUACAUCCUCUCACGAGAUUGCACCGUGGAGAUCUCGCCCGAACGAGAUACAGCAGUCAUCAAGGGACAGGGGUGCAUAUUGGGUCAGAUCGAGAGAGUUCAAGACGGCAGCUCCGACAAUGGCCAACAACGCAUUGAUGUCUUAUUUAGCAAAGCGGGCCAGGCGAUGGGGUACGAAAGCAGAUACGGACCGCUCUGGGUUGUCCAAUCUUCUCUGGUCUCAAUUCAAAAAGGCGAUAUCGUCGUCCUUUUGCGAGGUGUGGCAAUGCCCACCAUCGUGAGGGUCUGCAAGGACCACUUUGCUAUCAUCAUGAUCGCCGCAAAACCGCAAGAGAGGGAAGACCAAGGGAAUCAGGAACCAGAGGAUCCCCCGACAGCGAGUGUUCUGGAGCAUCCUUUGCAUCACCUUCUUCUUACAUGGGAGUUGGCUCCCACCCGGCCAGGCGGAGACACCGGCCGAGACCUCUCUGACAAAGUUGCUGAGCACCGAGAAGAGCACAUGAAAGAUGCAAACCGAAUUUAUGAUAUAACUCCCGCUAUAGAAGAGAUCGCACUCGAGGUAUUGAAGUUGAAAGAUUCCCCCAUCUCAGCAAUGGAACGCUUGCUUCUUCAGAUUGCAUCCCACGUCCCGAUCACUGAAAAUGUGAUGAAAGUGGUAGCAGGGUCUCCUGCAGGCUAUGCACCCGGCAUCAUGGAGAGCUUCUUCAAAUACCGCGGAGAGAGCCUAUCGAUUUCUGAAGAGGUGGUGAAAGAAGCAGCAGGGAAUACUGGAAGUUAUGCUCUUGAUAUGUUCAAGCUCUUACUCCGGUAUCGAGGGGAUCGUCUGCCAAUCUCCGAAAAAGCGGUCAAAGCAGCGGUAGCGAACAAAGGACCUGAUGCACUAAGGAUCGUUGAACUCCUAUUCCGGGAACAACAGGGCCGGUGUAUCUCUGAAGAGGUAGUCAAGGCAGCAGCAGAGAACCAUGAAAGGCACGGGCCGGAAAUUAUGGAGCUUCUCUUACACUACCAAGAGGUAGACUUCCCAAUGUCUGAAGAUAUCGUCAAAGCAGCAGUUUCGGGGAAUAACGGAGGGUACGGGCCUGAAUUACUUGACGUCCUUUUCCAGCACCUCGGAGACCGUCUACCUGUCACAGAAAGCGUGGUCAUGGUAGCAGCAGAAAACGAAGAUUACUAUGUCCCGAAGAUUUUUGAGCUCCUCUUUCACCAUCGGGGAGACAACCUCCCAAUAUCGGAAGAUAUGGUCAAAGCCAUAUUAGAGUCGGACAACCGUAACAGCCCCGACAUCAUGAGAACUAUCCUUCAGCACAGGCAAGACAGCUUACCAAUCUCUGAAGCCGUCGUCAGGGCGGCUGCAGAAAGCACCGGUUAUUACGCCCCUCAGAUCAUGGAUGUUCUUCUUCGUUAUUGGGGAGAUCGUCUCUUGAUUCCGGGGGAUAUGGUCCUGUCACUGUUACAGAGUCCUGAGCAUAAUGCAGCUAAAAUCUUGGAUGUCAUCUUUCAGCACCGAGGGAGCAUCUCAGUCUCCGAAGAGUUGGUUAAGACUGCGGUCGGAAAUACCGGUCGCUUUGGACGCCAGGUGGUGGAUGUCCUGCUUCGACACCGUGGAAACGACCUGCCCUUGUCCGAAGCGGUGGUCAAGGCAGCUGCAGAAAAUACUGGACCAGAUGGUUCUGCCAUUAUCGAGCUCCUGUUUCAACACCGAGGAGAAAGCCUACCGGUUACCGAGGCCAUAGUGAAGACAGCCGCAGAGAACACCGGGUAUGUCGCUGAUCGGAUCAUGGAUGUUCUUCUUCGUUAUCGGGGAGAAAGCGUACCGAUCUCUGAAGACGUGGUCAAGGCCACCGUGAUGAACCCCGGCUUGAACAGCAUCCAGAAUAUGGGUAUCCUUCUUCGGCAUCGGGGAGACAGCCUACCAAUCUCUGAAGAGAUUAUAAAAACUGCAGUCGGGAGGGAGGAAGAGUGGGGACUAGGAAUCCUGCUGACCAUGUUUAAAUACCGAGGGGGGAGUUUGCCCAUCUCUGAAGAUGUCGUCAAAUUUACCGCACAGUCUGAAUCACUCUAUGCGCCACAAAUGAUGGAGCUUUUCCUCACGCAUUUAGGAGACAAAUUACCUAUUACCGAGGCUGUGGUUAAAGCAGCCGACUCCAGCCCCAGGGGUCACGCUGACGGCUUUGUACGCCUCUUUUUGCAGUACCGCGGCGAGAGCAUACGUCCUCUCUUGAACUCGGUGGCCACGAAUCCUUUGUCACGUCUGAGCCUAGGGCUUAGCCUGUUUAGUGACGUUCCUGAUCCGAGUUACAGUAGUAUUGAUGCGAAAUAG